AUGGCAGCCACGACGGCACCGACACCGCCCGUCAUGACUCCGACUGCAAGUCCGAAUCGUCUUCGAAAGCACAUCUCCCCCGAGCGGCUUACUUUGGGCGACGAGGCGGGCCGUAAACCGGUGUCGGCAAGAAUUCGGGACGCUCCCGCUUCUCCUGUCAGGGUGAACUUUCAAGCCGAGAACUGGGCCCAGCCAUCCAAUGCGAACAUUGAACUGGCGCAACCCUACCAAGCAGAGUUUUCAAAUGUCGAUCGUUCCCGAGACCUCAACGCCCCUACCCCUCCUUCGCACACCUCGGCCUACGGUCAGGCUGGACGACAAAUGCAAAGCCAUGAAAGGACGCAGCUGCCUCCCCUCAAAACGUCGAACACCUACACUUCCGAACCCGACUAUCUGAGUCCAGCGAGCUCUCUUACACCCAACCAAAGUGGCCACGAUCAAGGCUACAAGCCGAAGCGCGGGGCCCAAGGGCCAGACAGCUUCAGCGCUCACAGCGCAUCAAGAAUUCAAGAUGGCAACCGCCACAGUAGGGAGUCGGACACCACCACCUCAAGCAACACCCAACAGCAAGCAUCGGCACAGUCUUCUGCAACAACGAGCGCAAGUUCUAUCUCUGGUAUCAACGAGUCAUCCGAAUACAAAGAUGAGUCUCCCGAGAGCUCGAUAAUGGAGGGCAACAUGCCAGAGAACAACUCUGUCCCCAUGUUCCAAUACUACCACCAUCAAGAGUAUCCUCCCCAACGCGUCUCGAGUGUUCCUCAUGAGCUUGACGCUCGUCGUUCCUCUUCGAACCCAAGUCUCAACGCUGAUGGAACCCCUGUGAAUCGUCACCUGACACCCACCGGGUUUGCCAGAAGGACUUCCAUGCCGCGUCCUUCAUCGGCUUACUCUGCCAUUUCAGACUAUGCCCCCAGAGGGCGAUCCCCGAAUUUGACGCCUGGAGGGUCACAUAUGCGGACGCCGUCAGGCACUCGCAGGUCCCCAGAAACGAGGCCAGCUUCAUACGCAGAGCUGUUGAACGUGCCGUACCCGCAGCCAGCUCCUGCCCCGAUAAGCUUCGACAACAACCAAUUGCGCAAUGCCGUUGGCAACAACGCUUCGCUCCUCGGAGCUCAAAAGACGCUGGAAAUGUACCGCCAGAACGUCAAGAAAACCAACGACUUCUCCAUCCAAUACUCGUUUGCGGUCUUCCUGAUAUCCACCGCUCAAGAGCAGGGUCUGGACCCCAGUGAGCCAGCACCGCGCAAGGGAAAUUCCAGCCCCAAAAGUUCCCCCUCGUCAACUCCCUAUGACCUCUUGCGAGAGGCAAAGGGUAUAUUACAGAAGCUGGCCAGUGGUGGAUAUCCCUUUGCCCAAUACUACCUCGCAGAUGGAUACGCCUCUGGCCUCUUUAGCAAAGGAAAGGAGGACUAUAACCAAGCAUUCCCCCUCUUCGUUCUCGCCGCGAAGCAUGGCCAUGCUGAGUCUGCUUACCGCACGGCGCUGUGCUACGAGUUUGGCUGGGGUUGCCGCAAAGACCCUGCUAAGGCUGUCCAGUUCCUCCGCAUGUCCGCGUCGAAGCGUCACCCGGGUGCAAUGUCUCGCCUUGGCAAGGCUUGUCUUUCAGGCGAUCUGGGCGAGAAGCGAUACCGUGAAGGUAUCAAGUGGAUGAAGCUCGCAGCAGAGGCCGCCGAUGCCGUCUACAGCGCAGCUCCGUACCAGCUGGCUUGCUUGUACGAGACGGGGUAUGGCGAUGACAUUUUCAAGGAUGAGGUUUACGCGGCUGAGCUCUUCACUGCCGCGGCAGAACUUGGCCAUCCAGAGGCCAACUUCCGCAUGGGCGAGGCCUACGAACAUGGGAAGCUCAGCUGUCCUCGCGACCCCGCGCUCAGCGUCCACUUCUACACUGGCGCUGCCGAGCGAGGACAUGCAGGCGCCAUGAUGGGUCUCUGCGCAUGGUACAUGGUCGGUGCUGAACCGAUCUUGGAGAAGGAUGAGGAGGAAGCUUACGAGUGGGCUCGCCGUUCGGCCGAGAUGGGUAUGUCGGGAACCAUCUUCAAAGCAGUGACUGAGCGAGGCGACGAGGCUAACCGUUACUGUUUAGGAUACGUAAAGGCGCAGUACGCAGUGGGCUAUUUCACAGAGAUGGGAAUUGGCUGUCGGCGCGACAUCCUUGAGGCCAACGUCUGGUACGUCAAGGCUGCCGAUGCAGGCGAUGAGCGCGCGAAGCAGCGUUUAGCAAUUAUUCAAGCGGCUGUCAGCGGCGGCACCCCAAUGGAAGUCGCCCCUCCUCGGAGUGGAAAGAUUAAAAAGAGCGGCGAAGACAAGGAUAAGGAUUGCAUUGUGAUGUGA